AUGUUGUUCAAAUUUAUUAACGAAAUUCCUGGCUCACAGUCUUUUAAACCAAAUAUACCUAAAGAAUGCGAAGACAUCGGCAUCUGCGAUGACGUACCGGAGUACCCACAGCAGUACGUGACGCAACUGAUCGAUCAGAUUAACAAAAUCAAUCAAACCAAUUUCAACACGGAUAUAAUAGAGCUCACUGAGCGGUUUGGACCCGAAGAAGAAAACUUUGAAAUGUGUAAAUCAAAGGAAAUGCUUUAUUCUCCGUUGGCAGCACGAUCUGUUAACGGAAAAAAAUGGUACUAUAUUGUAAAUAAGAAAAACGAAGAGGCAAUUCAAACAUUCAGAGUCGAAGUUUGCACUAAACAAAAUGGAAAUUGUAAUAGUGUGGCGAGCUUUGCACUUGGAAACCAAGGAUAUUGCAAACAGAAAUACAUACUACGGAAAAUGGUGGCAUUAGAUUACCAAGGACGUACCUUUGAAGAUUACUUCGUCAUUCCUAGUUGUUGUUCUUGUGUAUACAGAAUCUUGUGAACUUCAACACUUCAACUGCCGUGAAAAGACAUUUCAGAAACAAACCGUACGUUUAAAAAAACUACUAAUGGUAGAGUCGACACACUACUCUGUGUUGCGAAAAAUAUUUAAAGGAAGUGUUCGUAAUGUCCGCUCUAUAAGUUGUAUUGUAUUUGAAUUACUUUAGUUGUGGACAUUUUUAUUGACACAUAUUUUGGUUCCUAUUUUUUUUUUUAAUU